CAGAGAUCAUGUCAAGAGUACUUAUCUUUGUACUAAGUGUAAUUCUAGCAGCGUUUGGUGCCAGUACAGGGGAUAAAGGUGCCUGUGUUCAUAGGUUACGAGCAGGUUCACAGUAUGGAAGAUUUACAUCACCGCAUUAUCCUUUGUUAUACGACAGUUCGACUGAUUGUCAAUGGAUCAUCAAAACUGAUAGAUCACACCAUAUUACAUUAGAAUUUGAAACGUUCUCAUUGGAGGAGAGUUCAGAUUGCACAUAUGACUAUGUAGAGGUCCGUGAUGGUGGGCAUGAGAGAGCUCCUUUGAUUGGUCGUUACUGUGGUCACGAACGUCCUCCAGUUCUUACAUCCACUGCUCAUUUGUUAUUCAUUCAAUUUGUAUCUGACGAAUCUUAUGAGAGAACUGGUUUUUAUGCUAAGUUCAAUUCAGGAUGUUCACGGACACUACGUGGACAAAGUGGAUCUUUCUACUCACCCAAUUAUCCCGGAAACUAUGACAGCGAUUGUAACUGUACCUAUAAAAUCAUUGCACCCUUGGGUCAUGUGAUCAAUCUUAGAUUCCCAGUAUUUAACUUAGAAGGUACAAGCAGUCUUGGAACCUGCGGAUAUGAUUAUAUUCAAAUUCUGGAUGGAAGUAACCAUCGAUACUGUGGACCAGAAAGACCAGAUAUAAUUACUUCACACUCUAAUGUCUUGACUUUGAGGUUUGUCAGUGAUCGGUCUGUCAACUAUCAAGGAUUUGUAGCAGAGUUUGAUACUAAAGAAUCAGUAGAUCGCAGUCCAUGUCUGAGCAACAAUGGCGGAUGUGAUCAGGUGUGUACUUAUCGUCGUGGUGAUGUCUUCUGCACUUGCCUAACUGGUUAUGUACUUCAAAGAGACUACAGGAGUUGUAACGAUCUAAAUGAAUGCAUGGAAGAUGUGAAUAGUUGUAAUCAGAUUUGUGUCAAUACACUGGGUAGUUAUGAAUGUUUAUGUUCUGAGGGAUUCUAUCUCAUGGUUGAUGGCAAAUCAUGUAAAGAUGUUGAUGAAUGUAUUAGUGAUAAUGGUGGUUGUUCUGAUGAGUGUGUUAACACUGUUGGCAGCUACAGAUGCCAAUGCUUUCGUGGAUUUCAUUUAGCAGAUGAUUUACAUACUUGUGUAGGUGCUAUGGAACAAGGUUGUGUGAAUAAUGGUGGUUGUGAACAAGUAUGCCAUCCUUUGGAUAAAGGCAGACAUUACUGUACCUGCCAUCCUGGCUAUAAACUCAAAUCUGAUAGACACGGAUGUCGAGAUAUUAACGAGUGUGAUAGAGAAGCAACUGAACAUCAAUAUUACUCUCAUCAUUGUAAUCAAUUAUGCAUUAACACACCUGGUAGUUAUUUCUGUGAUUGUGAAACAGGAUUUUAUCUUAGUCCCAAUGGUAAAGUAUGUAAAGACAUAGAUGAGUGUACAACUUCAGAACCAUGUCAACAGGGGUGUGUUAACUUUCCUGGUGGAUAUCGUUGUGAAUGUUAUGAUGGAUUUAUAUUAAAUACAGAUUCGAGUAAAUCAGUUCAAUGUGUGGAUUAUGAUGAGUGCAUUAAUCCACCUGAUAGCUGCCAUACAUGUAUCAAUACAAUAGGAAGCUUCCACUGUGAAUGCAAUAUUGGUUACCAGAAGAAUGAAAAUAUGACUGGUUGCCUUGACAACAAUGAAUGUACUAAAGACAAUGGAGGAUGUCAUCAUGUGUGUAUUAAUCUGCCAGGAAGUUACAAGUGUCUGUGUCGUGGUGGUUACCAUAGUAAUAAUGUCAACAAUACGAUGUGCUAUGAUAUUGAUGAGUGUGCUACUAAUAAUAGACGAGGACCAUGUGACCAGUUGUGCACCAACACUGAAGGCUCGUUUCUCUGUUCAUGUGAUAGUGGUUUCUAUCUGGAAGAUGAUAGUAUUUCGUGUAAUGACAUUGACGAAUGUGCUACGAAAAAUGGAGAUUGUAGUCAGUUAUGUGUGAAUUUACCAGGUCGAUUUCAAUGUGGAUGUUUUGCUGGAUAUCAGAGAGAGAAUCCUGAAAUAGAUGAUUGUGUUGAUAUUGACGAGUGUUCUGAAGACGCACAUGAAUGCGCUAUAGAGGAAGGUGCAGAUUGCAACAACACACCUGGCAAUUAUUCCUGUAUCUGUCCUGAAGGAUUUCUGAAUUAUGACUGGUUCCAUUGUCGAGAUAUUAAUGAAUGUGCUGAUGAAAGUUUAAAUGAAUGUGAACAAAUUUGUUUGAAUAUAGAUGGAAGUUACAACUGUUCGUGUUAUGAUGGCUAUACUCAGGUAGAUGAAUUCUACUGUCAAGAUGUGAAUGAGUGUUUAAUUUCACCGUGUUCUCAUAAUGACCUGUGUACGAAUACUGGUGGCAGUUUUCGUUGCGGUUGUCAUGAAGGGUAUCAGAUAACAGCCGAUGGUUUGACGUGUAAUGAUAUCAACGAAUGUUUAAAUGAUAAUGGAGGAUGUCAAGAUGAAUGUGAGAACUAUGACGGAGGGUAUAGAUGUAGUUGUAGCCAACUUGGAUAUCAUUUGGGUUUGGAUAACAAGUCAUGUGAAGACAUUGAUGAGUGUAUGAACAGCAUGUCAUGUUGUAAUGAGAAACGUAACUGUGUGAACUUAGCGGGUGGUUACACAUGUACAUGUGAUACAGGAUAUUAUAUGGAUAACGAUAACUGCACAUGCCUUGAUAUUGAUGAGUGUGCCGUAAACAAUGGCGGUUGUCAACAGCAGUGUAAUAACAGUGCUGGAAGUUUUAAUUGUUUAUGUAAAGCUGGAUAUGUUGUUGCCGAGGAUGAUUCCAAGUCCUGUGUAGAUAUGAAUGAGUGUUUAGUUGUAAGUGUUUAA